CUCCUAUCUCGAUAGCAAUAAGCAGCAGACGACAUGGCUCAACUACAGAAGCUGGAGACGAAGGUUGCAAUGAAAUCACCAGAGAAGAUCGCAGCUUUCUUCAGGGACAGCUUCACCUCCCUGCCUCAGUUUGCCCCUGGCCUCAUCAAGACCGCCGAGAUCAUGGGAGGCGGACACAAGGCAGCACCUGGUUCCGUACUGCUUGUCAAAUACUCCCUCCCUGGGAGCCCCUCAAUGAGUGCGAAGAUCAAGUGGGAAGAAGAAGCCACGGACGCGGAAGAAGGGAAGAAGUCGUGCUCGUUCACGGUGAUAGAAGGGGAGGUGCUGGAGAUGUACAAGAGUUACAGUCUGAAGAUUGAGAUGGACAGUGACGCUGGGCAGUCGGGGUGGACCAUUGGGUACGAACUGGCCAACCCUAAUGUUGCUCCUCCUCAUGCAUAUCUCGAAGCAUGCAAGCAGCUUCCGAAAGUCUUUGAGAAAUACUGCUGAUGAAGAUUUUUCAGUGCUUGAUUAUAGUACGUACGUACUCAUGAAAGAUCAACUCACUCGUGAAUUGGUUUCAAAGGGAUUAAAUAAGAGAGGCCACGAGGGCAUACGGGGGUUACUUUGUGCCUCUGGCUUUUUUAUUUUAUUAAUAAUUAAGCUGUGUUUGAC